AUGGAUGCUGUCAGACCUCGAGAACGUCUUAUUUCGAUCCUGAACGACAACGACUCUCCAUCGUUCGCCGUCAGGCCGAAACAAUUCUUACCCUCCGAUCUACAUCUUCCAAAGCAAGAGCGGCCGACUCUUGCUCGCCUAGUAGACUACUGCUAUCCGCGGUAUUCGAGUACCCCAGUCCCUUCCACCCCGCCCCUAUCGAGACUGAAUUCAACGUCCUCCAAAGCUUCGAGCAGCACCAUGGACUCUCCUUCACCGAAAACACCAAUCUACAACUAUGAUCCUCAGCUCAUCAACCCGUAUGAUCCUGUCUUGCGCCAAGAUGUUUCCAGCUAUCUUCCAUCACCAUCUACUAUCACACCCCUGAUGGACACCAUGAUGGUUGUUGCACCUACACAGGAGCAGAUGCUUGCCUUCCCAACCAAGCAGACGGACAAUGGCAUGCCUUCAAAUUAUGCCGGUCUUCCUAUCUCCCCAAUAGACGGACAACAGGUUCCGACGCCAUCCUCCUCCUCGAAAUCCAAUUCACAUCUUCAAGCCUCCGACGCCGCAGUGAAUGCGCCUACCAAGAAGAACAAAUAUCCUUGUCCAUACGCCUCCUCACACCACUGUACUGCCACUUUUACUACAUCCGGACAUGCGGCUCGUCAUGGCAAGAAGCACACAGGAGAGAAAGGUGUCCACUGCCCAGUCUGUAACAAAGCAUUUACACGAAAGGACAACAUGAAGCAGCACGAGAGGACGCACAAGGGUUCUGCAUCGGGCAGCAACUCGGAUGACACGAACCACAAGCGUAGCAAAGCUGCCAUUACGAAAGAAGCGGCUAGGGCAAAGAAGACCAAUGUCGAGAUCAACCAGCAAUCUAAUACCGCCGGCUUGAUCCACAGUCCACUCAGCGAAGUGGCUUCGAUAGACCCAAGUGUGAUUGGUACGCCUUCGCUUGCAGACAGUCACGGCCAUUUCAACGAUGUCACCAUGGCUGCACAUCCUGAAGCCACACAGAACGUCUCUGCUUAUCCACCCCUUGGCGAUGAACAGUCGUUCAGCACCCUCUCGCAGUUGGAUAGAAAUGCUGGUACCUCUCUUACCAACACACAAGCGCCCAUGCAAAGAGCAUACUCAGACCUCGACACACUUGCAUUGGCAGCUGCUUACGACCCAUACUCUCAAGGCAAUGUACAGUGA